UCCGGGAUAGAGGCUCUGUGCGGAACAUUUUCAAUAUUUUAUUGGUUUCCCUUGAAAUAUAUGUUAUUAAACGAUAUAGUAUAUAAUCCGUUGAAGAAUGUAGAGACCAAAGGCAGAUCUCGCCGCUAUAACCGGUCUAUGAUAGAACGGUUGCCGCGGUGACGGAUUAACCAGAGUAGCCUUCAAUAUCACCAUCAUCAAUGGCAAUUACGUCUAUAAAGAUUUUUUUUGAAGAACAGUAAAACGGGAAAUUCAAUGACUGUACCAGCCAAAUAUACCGGCAAAGGAAAAGAAACCAAAUAGGCCUAGGCUGUAUCGAAUUAGGACGCAACACGGAACUGAAACUGAACAGAACAGAAGCGAAUUUGCCUUGACUCUAAAAAUGAACUGAGCACAAUUUAGAAAGGAAUUAAUAGAAUCCGUGGCAGUUGCGUGGUGUUUGGGUGUCGUCAUGUAUCAUUUCUCAAGAAGGAUAUGUUUCUGCUGGGAUCACAUUUAUUUAUGGACAUGAGACGGUGUAGCCUAUAGGCUACUACUCAUUUAGCAACUGAUUAGGUACGAAAUUUAGUUAAUUAUAAUUUUGGCCUGUACAAUUUAUGGUAAAUACCUAAUUAGUUUAUAGCCUAUUAAUGUUUACGUUUUCCACAUUAACAUCGGCAAUGUUCCCUUAUGUAAGAUAAUAAUAAUUUAAUCGAACUAUCCGCAAAUGCAGGUAAUUUGUUCGGACUGGGUGCUUAUUAUUAUGGUAUAGCUAUUAUGUAGCCUAUAAUGUAAAGGUUCAGAGCAUUCGGUUUUUCACAUUGAGAAAACAUAUCUUUAUUAAAAAACUAUUGUCUUGUCUCAGAUUUCAUCCCACUCGAAGGCAGAUGCACGAGGCAGGACAAAACAGCCACCUAGGAGAAGAAAUUCGAAUCUAUAAAUUCUUCAGCCUGUUUAAUUACGUCGAUGACAGGCAGUGAAAGCUGUUUUAGUGAAAUACAAUAGAAAAACAGAGGACGCAUCUGCACGGAUAACCUGACAGAACGGAAAAGCCUGAGGGAAGUGGUGGUCCUUUUAAAACCCCGUUAUGCAGAGACGAGACAAAAAGGCAGUUAUGCGAUGAACUCAGAAGGUGAGACAGAAAUCAAUUCAUACAAAUUACGUACACAUGACAAGAGUGAAGACGCUGGAUCAUGACAUUGAGUUAAUGCAACGUUUGCAUAUCAUUUUUUAUCCCAGUUGCAUUUGGCAUUAAGCCUCGUAAGAUGAUUUUUAAAUCAUUAAUAACUAGCAAACAGGUGUCUACGGAUUAAUCGAAUAUCCAAAUCACAAAAAGGUGAAGAGGACGACGUUAAGAAGCAUUCCAGCACCCUGCUAAGGAUAAUGGAAGUAGAUCGGGACAUGUACCGGCAAUUUCAGGACUGGUGUCUCAGGACAUAUGGGGAUUCAGGGAAGACAAAGACCGUGACUCGUAAAAAAUACGAAAGAAUUGUCCAGCUCCUGAACGGGUCUGAGUCCAACUCAUCAGACAAUGCAAAGUUCAAAUUUUGGGUAAAAUCUAAAGGAUUUCAGCUUGGCGUUCCAGAUGAUAACAGCGAAGAAAAACAAGUGCUCUACGUUCCAGUGAAAACAACGGAUGGUGUAGGGAUGGAUGAAAAAGUGUCCUUGAGACAAGUUGCUGUGGUGGAGGAUUUCUUUGACAUCAUUUACUCCAUGCAUGUUGAGCGCGGAACCAAUGGGGAGAAAAUACGGAAACACGCAGGGCAGAAAAGAACAUACAAAGCGAUUUCAGAGACCUAUGCAUUUCUACCACGAGAAGCAGUUACAAGGUUUUUGAUGAGCUGUUCUGAAUGCCAGAAGAGAAUGCAUUUGAGCCAAGAAGGUGGAGAACAUAAAGAAAAUGGAAAGCCACCUACUUUAGUCACCAGCAUAAUUGACUACAACAUGCCAAUUACCAUGGCCUACAUGAAGCACAUGAAGCUGCAGCUGUUGAAUUCCCAUAAUGAUGAGGACAGCUCUGUGGAUAGCCAUGAAUUUGACAUGAGUGACUCUACAAGGAUGUCAGCGAUGAACUCUGACCUGGGCUCCAAUGGGGAGGACAGGAUGAACAGUCCACAGACUCGGCAGUUGCAUAAGGAUGAUGACUCCAUAGUUGACACAAUCACUGGCAGUGAAAGCAUGACUUGCAUCCCAGCAAUGGAAAAAGCAGACCACUGUCAGGAACAUCCUAACAACAACUGCAGACCAGCGAUGGACCAGCACAAGCAGCCUUUGAGUCACCAUGACUGCCCCUUAGUGGCCACAUGCUAUACAGAUGGCCAUAUUGCCAAUGGAAGCAGCAAAUUUAAGGUUAUUUCUGUCGAUGGCCAGGAGAAUAAGACAACAGAAAAUGGUAGUAAGUCUCCCACACACAGCCACUCUAGCUGUGACUUUGAGAAGUACGAGAAUGGAGGAGAGCUGGCACCAUCUCUCAACCAAAGAGUAGAUGAUGAUGACUGUGAAGACCAUGGCAACCAAGAUGACUGUGAUAAAUCCAUGGAGGCUGAGGGCCUGCAGGCAGAACAGCUUAAGAUCUUCAAUCUACAGCCAGUUCCUUCACAUCCAUCAUCUGUGGCUGCAGAAAACAUCCUGGUCACUGCUUGUGAGAGUGAAAGCAAGAAGAUGCGACUCCAGGGACCACAGGAUGAAGAGUUUUCUAAUGAAAAACACAGUACAGAAGAAAAAGCCCCAGCUGAUACCACUACACAGGAGGUGCUGUAUAUCAAUGGUAAUGGAACCUACUGUUGCCAUAAUUACAGCGGGUUAGGGGGAGGACCAAUGAACCUCACUGAAGCUGCUUGCAGUGGGCCCACAGAUCUCAGCAUGAAGAAACAACUGACACCCAGCCCUGGCUCAUCCAGCAAUGGCAGCCUUCAACCCCAGCUCAACUCCACUGAAAUGAAUACGGUCAGGCAGCUCAUAGCUGGCUACCGGGAAUCUGCAGCCUUCCUGCUCCGCUCAGCCGACGAACUUGAGAGUCUCAUAUUACAGCAAAACUGAUGACUUUGGAAAAGAGGAAUGACCUUCCGCAUUUUCUGUUAGUGUCACUCGGUGCUUGAUUAUCUUGUCACUGUUUUUGCAUAGUUUAAUUUGUCUACCAUAGCUAGCUGCUGGUUGGAAAAAAGAGUGUCUUGCCAUGGGCUGUUUUGAACCGUUCAAACACAUGGCAAUCCAUCAGGUAGGGUUAACAUGUUUGACCAUGAUGCACUUCAAAAAGGUGUGGUAUGCAUGUGCAAUAUUUCUGAAGGGUGCUUUUGUGUUUUUUUCAUUAUGCCCUGAUUUGCUAACCUUUUCCAAUUGUUUGUGGUGCAAUACUGGUGUAACAAUAUUUUCUAUUGAUUUAUUUAAUUUAAAAAAAAAUUUUUUUUUUUUUUUUUAAGGAAAUUACAGAUUUACUGUCAGGGGGACCAUUAACUAUGUUGGAUAUUUUUGUAAAAUUUGUUUUACAAAGGAAAUUGCAAGGAGAAAUUAACACUAUUUAAUACAAAUACAAUCAUGUAUUAACUACAGAGAACUAUACUGAUUUGUCUAUUUUUAGUCCCAUCUAAUUUAAUCUUUUGGAAAGAAAGGUGCAGAGAGAUUUGGAAAUUUUAAAAAUUAACAAUAAUAACACUCCAGUAACCCAAACACUUACCAAGUGUUUCGAUCUGAGAUGCAUUCUAUGUCUAUUAAAAACUUAACUACAUACUUAUUGAUGUAGACUGAAACGAUCAAAGGGGAGAUUUACAUACCAAGGAACUUAAAAUAUUUGAAAUUACAAGUGUUCGAAUCAACAAAAAUAACAAUUUAUUAGGUCAGCUGAUAACUGCAAUCAGUUCCUCAGUUGCUGAACAAAUGUAACUAAUUGCAUUCCCAGAUUACUUUGGUAAAGUUAACAAACAUGACUACUUUUGGAAACUGCCUGUUGACAUUUUUUCCCGAAGCAGUGGUAAAGAAAACACUUUGAAGCACAAAAACCUGAAACUGGAAGAGGGGUUCCAGUCCCCUAUUUUCAUCUUCGGAACAGCUGCUGCUGAAUUUAGACAUAUCAUAUUUAUAGCUAUGUAUGUGUAUAUUUGUGAAUGCAUGUGUGCAUGUGUGCUGUAUUAAGCUGCAUCUGUGGGCUUAUUGAGAUGAGCUCAUUUAUGUGCAAUCUAGGAUGAACCACUCUUUUCAAUCACACAGGUGCAAAUAUUAGAUCAAAAAGGGGUAAUUAAGAGUUCUUAAAAAGCACUUACGUUCUUCAAGUCAGACUUGGGUCCUGUAUCUAUUUGACUACCAAUCCAUCCUUAAGGCUACAUUCCUUACAGUGAAGGUUUUAUAUAUAUAUAUGGGUGUAUCCUUAAAGACCCUGUGUAAUCAAAAUCAAUAUAUUUUUUUAAAUACAACUUAGGAAAUAAAUGUAUCCAUAGUUUGAAAUGAAGCACCUGUUUAUCCUAAAAGCAAAAAAAAAAAGUUCUUAUACUGCCCACUGCUGGAGAACUUGGUAUUGGUCAUUGAAUACCUUGUUUCUGACAUCACUCAGUAGCUUUGGAAAACUAGCUCACUGUUUGAAUAUGUUCAUGUGUUUGUUUAUCGCUUUACCAGUACUGACUGUACCAUAAGUACUGAUUGCACCAUACAGCAUCAUGGCUUGUUGUAAAAGUGACUGCAUGGGCAUGACAGUGUAAAAGUACGAUAUGGCUGCACACUGUGCAGGGAGGAACGCGUCAUUGCUCGCUUUUGAGUAUCUAGCUAGGUUAGCAGGCUAAUGUUGUGCUGUAUCAAUACAGGGUGACCAACAAAAUAACAUCAUCAUCUAUGUCAUGAUAGAUGAUAUGGCAGGUUUUGUUCCUGGCUCAAAAUAGGGCUUAAGUGGUGACUUUGCACAACAGCAACUUUAGUCAAUCUGACUUUACUGCUACUGUCGAUUCAAUGUGUUGUAUCCCCAUAUUUAGCUACAUUUAGAGUGUAAAGUUCUGGAAACUCUUCAAGAGACCACCAUAAUGCACUGAGAUGUAGACUAUAAAAAAUGAAACACGCAGAAAUUUUUUUAAUUUGAACAAUUUAAAUAUUUAUUGAAGGGUUACACUUUAUAAGUGCCAGAAUUGGAGGACAUUACAGCCUAUACUGAAGGAUUAACACAUUGUAAGGGGUCAUUCUACAGGUAUUACAGCUACUGUAAUGCUUACAGCAUUCGUUUUUGUUGUUGGUGCCUUGCAAUAACACAAAAGGCUUUUCAGAAUGUUAUUUCUCAAUUAAAUCUGCACAUACAGGCAAAAACGGUGUAUAUUAAUGGUAAUAGAGUAGAAUACACUUAAUUGCAUAACAGAUUAUUGCAUAAUUUGGAUAUUUGCAUAGAACUUCCAAAUCCUGAACCAAUUCCCAUUCAUUCCAUUCACAGAAAAUACCCUUUAUAUUAUGACUUCAUUAUCAGAAAAAAUGAUGACUCGGUUGCCAGAUAUCAAUAGUUUGCUAACCUAGAUAGAUAGCUACUCUGACAGUGAGACUUUGAAACCAUUCAGAUUUGCCAAACUGACAGCAUCAGUUCCCACUUCUGUGGCACUUGCCUAUCAGUUGCAGUACAGUUUUUUGUGUUGUGCAAGCUGCCAAACUAAAGACUAGUGUAAGUCCAUUUGCUGACUGUUUAGCAAAAGCGAACUUUUUAAUAUUCACUACAGAAGGAACAUGCUCCCUCAGUUCUCCAGCUGUCCUGUUCGGGGAAAAAAAGUGAUCUAAGAUCAAAUGGAAUUUUUAACAUUAUUUUCCUGUUUUAAACUUAUAAAGGUGAGUAUACAUAUUUUUCUAAUAGCUGGGUGAUCACUUUAAAAGUUAAAAGGUGAUUGCACAGGGUAUUAAAGGUUAAAGGGAUAGUUCACUUUUUUUUCUUCAGUUUUUCAGUUGUAUUUUUUAUUUCUUGGCCCAGUUUUUUAAAAUCUGUAAUGAGGUAUAACCUGCUGGCUUUACAACGACUGAUUUUUUGGGCAUUUGGGGGUUUGUUGUCUGAAGCAAAAAAAUAUACUUCAAGUAAUUGUAAAGCAGUAUGUUCAGCUGGACACAUGAAGAGAUUAUUUUUAUGUCGUGUUUAUUUAAUUACAAACAAAAAUAUCAGUUUUUGUUCAUGUUCAUUAUGUUUUUAUGUUAUGUUCACUUGUUUGAAUAAUAAAUAAAUAAAACCUCUGCACAUACACAGGCAUACACAUAUUUUAUACCGAAAACCUCUGGAGAAUUAACGUCACUGUACAAACAGAUUUGGAGUUGCUUUAAGAUUUUUUCUUUAGACCUCAAACCUAAAGCCUUUUACCUCAAACCUCAAGUGCCCCUGCAGACAUUGUAAAGCUGGCAAGUCAUCAGAAACUUCUAUGAAUAUAUAAAAUAUCCUUCAUUGCAUACAAAAAACUAUGGACCAAUUAAAAACAUACAAUGGAAAUAAUAUUAAAAACCAAUAAAGUGAAUUAUCCUUUUAAGUCCAUUGACAGCACACUAAACCCACUAAGUAGAGUUUUAUUUUUAUUAUAGGAAGUAAACAUUUUAUGAAUGCUAGGUUGCUCUCUUUGUAGACUUUGUAGAAAAAGUAUAGAUGUUUUACAUGAGGUACAAUGUGUUGAAUCACAGAAUAGUGACUGAGGAGGAAUACAAAUGCAACAAUUUUAACGUGUUUACUGUUAAAACAUCCAUGUCCUCUCACUCACACAUUUGAGACAUUUGUGUGAAAGUAUAUAUUUUUGCAGUGUGAUUAAUACUGCUUUAUUUUGAUAACAGUGUAUGUAUUUUCCUUGCUUGUGGUGUCAUAUACAUUGUGUGAACAGGAUGUAAAAAAUAAUGAAUGUUGUAAGAAUGCAGUUGACAAUCUGAACACUUUGCACUGUAUAUUUUUAAAAGUUUUAAAACUGCAAUUUCAUGCUGACUGUUUUUACUACUUCUUGAAAACUGCUGUUUCCAAGCAAAAUUUUGUUCAUACAUGUUGCAAUUUGAUGAAGUUCUGUUUUGUAGAUUUUUUGGGCUGUGAGCAUAAUUUUGUAAUACCAUUUCAGUAUUUAUUGAUACUAAAUUUGAGUUGAGUAUUAAGAUGUAAGGUGUUGUGACAGUACUUUUGUUCUGCUUUUUGUGAUGCAAAAGGUAUGUUUUGAGAGCUUGAUUUUAAAGUGAUGCUAAAUUGAUUGUGCAUAUCAAAUUUGCCUUAUUACAUGUUAAGAGCUAUUCAAUUUUUGUACAAAUGUUUUUAUGCUUUAUAUGACUAAAUUUACUGUUUCCAUUUAUUCAUACCUGACAAUGAUUGUGGGUACGUGCACUUACUAUUGUUGUAUUACACGUGUAUUGCUCAUACAUUUUAUAGUGUUUUCUUACAUUUGUUGUUGUAAUACUGUUGAACCCAUUAAAAUUAAGAAGAUUCA